AAGAUCGUGGUGAAGAACCCCGUCGUCGAGCUCGAUGGCGACGAGAUGACGCGCAUCAUCUGGAAGAAAAUCCGCGAGGAGCUCAUCCUUCCUUAUCUCCAACUGGACAUCAAAUACUUUGACCUCGGUCUAGAGGCCCGCGACGCCACAAACGACCAGAUCACGAUCGACUCCGCCAACGCGAUCCUCGAACACAAAGUCGGCAUCAAAUGCGCGACGAUCACGCCCGACGAGGCGCGCGUGGAAGAGUUCAAGCUCAAGCAGAUGUGGCGGAGCCCGAACGGGACCAUCCGCAACAUCCUCGGCGGCACCGUCUUCCGCGAGCCGAUCAUCCUCGAGCGCAUCCCGCGGCCGAUACCGGGCUGGGUGAACCCCAUCGUGAUCGGGCGGCACGCGUUCGGCGACCAGUACCGCUCGACGGACUUCGUCGCGCCGGGCCCGGGGAAGCUGCAGCUCGUGUACACGCCCGCGGACGGCGCGGCGCCGACGACGCUCGACGUGUAUGACUUCCAGGGCAGGGGCGUGGCGAUGGCGAUGUACAACACUGACGAGUCGAUCACGGGCUUUGCGCACUCGUCGUUUAAAAUGGCGCUGGCGAAGAAGAUGCCCCUCUUCAUGUCGACGAAGAACACGAUCCUCAAGAAAUACGACGGCCGCUUCAAAGACAUCUUCCAGGAGAUCUACGAGUCGCAAUACAAGCCGCAGUUCGAGGCCGCGGGGAUCUACUACGAGCACCGCCUGAUCGACGACAUGGUCGCGCAGGCGAUCAAGUCCUCCGGCGGGUUCGUCUGGGCGACGAAGAACUACGACGGCGACGUGCAGUCGGACAUCCUCGCGCAGGGCUUCGGCAGCCUCGGGAUGAUGACGAGCGAGCUCAUCACCCCCGACGGGCAGGUCAUCGAGAGCGAGGCCGCGCACGGCACGGUCACGCGGCACUACCGCGAGUACCAGAAGGGCAACGAGACGUCGACGAACCCGGUCGCGUCCAUCUUCGCGUGGACGCGCGGGCUGCUGCACCGCGCGAAGCUCGACGCGAACCCCGAGCUCGCCGCGUUCGCGCGCGACCUCGAGGCGGCGUGCGUCGAGGUGAUCGACGCGGACGGCGUGAUGACCAAGGACCUCGCGCUCGCGAUCCACGGCAAGGCGAUGCGCCGCGAGCACUGGGUCGUGACCGACGUGUACAUGGACGCCGUCAAGGCGAAGCUGGAUCAGAAGCUCGCGGCGAGGGCGGAGAAGGCGUAGGCGUGCGCGGCGGUGUAUCGUUAUCUCUUCAUUGUAGCGACGGGUGUAUCUUCAAUCGUACAGCCAUCUAUCAAGCCACCGUAAGAACC